AUGCAUUUGGGACUGUUCGUCAUUCAGCUUCUAGAGGGUAGUAGAAGGUUGAAGCGUUUCUCUCCCAAUGUGUGCAUCCAGCUCUCUGGGUUUAGAGAAACUCACAUUAGGGGCUAUAUUGAAGCAAUUAGGGAGAUUGAGCAGCAGCUUCCAACUGGGACUGAUGAAGUAGGAUUUGAUGAUAUUGUUGUCGCAUGUGGCAGUGGGGCUACAAUUGCUGGUCUAUCAUUGGGAUCUUCACUCAGUAAAUUGAACACAAAAGUGCAUGCAUUUUCUGUUUGUGAUGACCCAGAUUACUUCUAUGACUAUGUUCAAGGCUUGCUUGAUGGACUCCAAGCUGGUGUUCGCUCACAUGAUAUAGUUGACAUUCAAAAUGCCAAAGGAUUGGGUUAUGCAAUAAAUACCACUGAAGAGCUUAAUUUUCUUAAAGAAGUGGCUAUUUCCACUGGCGUUGUCCUCGACCCAGUUUACAGGUUGGAUAUCACAUUCUUCAAUCCAUAA